CCCUCCCUUCCUUCCCAUGCAGACGGUGACAGUGAGGGAGGACCAAAUCAUGCAGCAGAACCCCCCGAAAUUCGACCGCAUUGAGGACAUGGCCAUGCUGACGUUCCUCCAUGAGCCCGCCGUCCUCUACAACCUCAAGGAGCGCUACGCCUCCUGGAUGAUCUACACCUACUCGGGUCUCUUCUGCGUUACCGUCAACCCCUACAAGUGGCUGCCGGUCUACAACGCUGAGGUGGUGGCUGCCUACCGGGGCAAGAAGCGGAGCGAAGCUCCUCCUCACAUCUUCUCCAUCUCAGAUAACGCCUACCAGAAUAUGCUGACAGGUAGGGGCCUCCCCCCGGGACAUCCUCAGCCCCACAGCGCCAUGCCGUCCCCAUCUUCCGACCUGGCCGAGUUCGGCGAGGCGGCGCCGUUCCUGCGCAAAUCGGAGCAGGAGCGAAUCGCGGCGCAGACGCGGCCCUUCGACCUCAAACGCGACAUCUUCGUCCCCGACGAGCGCGAGGAGUUCGUCAAGGCCACCAUCGUCAGCAGGGAGGGGAACAAAGUCACCGCCCAGACCGAGCGCGGCAAGGUCAGCCCGCGGGGGGGCAAAUCCCACCCGAAUUGGGUCGGGUCGGGGGUGGCAGCUGUGGGCUGCAGAACGGCACGGAUCGGACCCAGAACGGUCGGAAUUGGGACUUAA